GAGGCAACCCGGAAGUGUUGCUAAGCAGGUAAUGUUGCGGGAGUCCCAGAACUGGUGCCGAGGUGGCCAGCUCGGCCCCCGCCCUGAACUGGACUAAGGAGCCACGGUGCGGACCGAGCCAGGGUUUCAGGGGCAAGACAGGUGACGGAAAUAAAGGACGCUUCUUCCAGGACAGGACUCUCCUGGUUCUUAGACUUUGAUCGAGGCCGCCGAUGGAAGGCAACGCCCCUGAUGGCACUGGCCCCAUGCAUGUACCAUUUGGGCACAUUGUGGCCAACGAGAAAUGGCGCGGUUCGCAGCUGGCGCAGGGAAUGCAAGGGAAAAUUAAACUCGUUUUUGAGGAUGGCCUGACACCGGUAGAUUUUUACUUAUCUAGCAAAUCCUGCCUUAUUUACGUCACCGAAGCUGAGUUGGUGGCAGGAAAUGGCUACAGAAAGAGACUUGUUCGGGUUAGAAAUUCCAAUAAACUUCAAGGGAUUGUGGUGGUUGAAAAAACGCAGAUGAGUGAACAGUAUUUUCCAGCUGUACAGAAGUUUACUGUUCUGGAUCUUGGGAUGGUGUUGCUUCCGGUAGCCAGCCAGAUGGAAGCAUCCGGCCUCAUUAUUCAGUUGGUUCAAGAGCAAACCAGAGAGCCCAGUAAAAACCCUUUUCUCAGGAAGAAGCGAGCUCAGGUCUCUGAGCCGGCACUCCUCCGAAGUGUGCAGCAGAUCCCAGGAGUCGGGAAAGUGAAAGCCCCACUCCUGCUUCAGAGGUUUCCAAGUAUUCAACAACUAAGCAAUGCGUCUAUCCGAGAACUGGAGGCGGUAGUAGGACCAGCCGCAGCCCAGCACAUUCAUGCAUUCUUCACCCAGCCCAGGUGAGGGCUCCUUUCAUGGGCAUCUCAUCACGGGACUGCAGGAUCUUGUUUUCUUUUCACACUAAGAAAAGAGUUCCUUGGAGAAGGAAAUGGGAACCCACUCCAGUCUCCUUGCUCGGGAAAUCCCAUGGGGAGCCUGCAACGGUCCAUGGAGUACAGAAGGGCUGGACACGGCUUAGUGACUAAAUAGCAACAAAUGGCAGUUCUAGCCAAUGUAUGAGAAAAACUUGUAAGGAAUUGGGGGUUGGGGCUGAAGCCAAAAUCCUAUUGUUUACAGAUGUGAAUGUCUAUUUAGAAAAACCAAAAUAAACUGCACGCAAAUAUUUAAACUAAGAAAAGAAGAGUUCCUUUUACCACAGUUGGGGAAAGAUGAGAAGAGGCCUGAAUGGAACCUGCCAAUUGUCCUGCCCUGUUCUCUGGCGUCAGGCAUUUCCUUGGAUUAGUGGGCCUGUCCCAGACGGCCCUGCCCGCAUCCUGCUAGCAUGAAGUGGGCUGGUGGGCACUUUCCUAAGGGAACCUCAGACUCAGCAGAAAGCCAGCUUGGGAGGAUUUCAAUGUGUGACCUUGACCUUAUCUAUCAUGGAAGGUGGCGGAUAUGACUGUUUAAAGGAAACAAACGUACAGUGAAGCAUUGUUCCCAUAAGCUCCUUGUUCCUGCUGGCAGAGCCACUAUUCUUCAGAUCUGAUCUUAAUAUACCUGUGCUUUGAGGGCAGCUGCCAGUGUCAACAGACAAUUGUACUGCCUUUUUUCUUCCUUUCUUCCUAUCUCCCUUCCUGGUAGUUGCACAGUUUGUUUAUAAUCCCUGAGCACAUCUUCUGAACACAGAAGGCCUGGAGUCUGGAGUUCCCACUGUAAGAUAAAAAGCCAGCGUGUGUGAGGGACGGAAGAAUGCGUUU